GAUACAUUUAUAAUUCGUGAUGUCAUAUUCUAUGAACAUAUUUUCCCUUUCCGUUCUGUUCCCAAUCCAGAUUCUGAUCUUGGUAGACCCUCAACAACCUUAAACCCCAUUUCUUACUCUUAUUUUGAACCUACUGUCCUACUCAGUCACCCCCUGAUAUUCCUAAUCCUUCAAGUUUUUCUCAUGUUUCCUCAUCUAAAGAAGAUACUUCUUCUUCUUUAGCUCUGGAGUCCAGUCCUCCAGCCACACCUUUUCAAUACUCUCAUCUCCAUCUACUUGUGAUAAUGAUGAUUCUACAGCUCCUGAAAGUGAAUCUGAUCUACCCCGUCAUUCUCCUAGAAAAUCCAAACGACUAUGUAGGCCACCAGAUCAUCUCAAGGACUACCAUACCAGCCUUCUUGCAUAUUAUGGCUAUACCAAUCCUCCCCCAACUCAGCAGCAAGUGUCCAUUGCAGGUAACUUUCAUGAUCUUUCUAUUGUUCUGUCCUAUGAGAACCUUUCCCAUUCCUUCCGCCAUUUUUGUCUUUCUGUUAGCACUCUUGUUGAACCCUCUAGUUUCAAGGAAGCAUGUAAUAACCAGGUUUGGGUUGAUGCUAUGCAAAUUGAACUCAAUGCUCUUGAUGAAAACUGUACUUGGGAUUUAGUUUGUCUACCUGAUGGCAAAUAGGCUAUUGGUUGCAAGUGGGUGUUUCGUAUUAAACUUAAAGUCGAUGGAACAUUUGAGAGAUAUAAAGCAAGGGUUGUGGAAAAGGGUUACACACAACAGGAAGGUUUAGAUUAUACUGAAACUUUUGCACCAGUUGUCAAGAUGACAACGGUGAGAGUUUUGUUGGGAAUUGCAGCAGUUCAGGGGUGGCACAUCCAUCAACUGGAUGUUAAUAAUGCGUUCUUGCACUAAGAUUUACAUGAAGAUGUAUAUAUGAAAUUGCCACCAGGUUUGAAAGUAGCACUUGAAGAUAGAGGAAAAGUAUGCAAAUUGAAGAAAUCACUUUACGGAUUGAAGCAAGCAUCUCGUCAAUGGUUUGCUAAACUCACCCAAGCCUUAUUGAUGAUAUGCUUCAAGCUGGACCUGAUCUUGCAGAGAUUUGUCGUGUCAAGAGCUUUCUUGACUCCACUUUUCACAUUAAAGACUUGGGUAGCCUGCGGUAUUUUUUGGGGCUUGAGGUAACAAGAAGCAAAGCUGGUAUACAUCUUACUCAAAGGAAGUAUGCACUGGAAAUACUGCAUGAAGCUGGAAUGAUAGAUUCCAAGCCUAUGUCUACUCCUAUGGAGCCAAAAAUGCAUCUAUCUACACAUGAUGGUUCAGCAUUGGUGGAUGCCACAAAUUAUAGAAGACUUGUAGGGAAGUUGAUUUAUUUAACGAAAACUCGGCCGGACAUUUGCUUUUCUACGCAACAACUCUCACAAUUUCUGGACAAGCCAUCAGUAUAACACCAGCGAGCAGCCCAAAGAGUUUUGAGGUAUGUCAAAGGGGCUCCUAGUCGGGGUCUAUUCUUUCCGGUUACUUCUGAUUUUCAGUUACAUGGUUUUGCGGAUUCGGAUUGGACAGGUUGCCCAAAUACUCGACAUUCUGUAUCGGGGUAUUAUGUGUUCCUCGGUUAGUCACUCAUUUCAUGGUGUUCUAAGAAGCAAAGCACUGUAUCGCGGUCUUCGGCUGAAGCUGAAUACAGGGCAAUGGCUUUUGCUUCGUGUGAACUACAAUGGAUUUUGUAUCUUCUCGAUGAUUUUUGAAUUUCACAUCCUCAAGCUGCCCUUCUUUAUUGUGAUAACAAGACAGCCAUGCAUAUCGCCAAAAACCCGGUAUUUCAUGAACGGACAAAGCAUAUAGAGCUCGAUUGUCAUCUCAUACGUUUGAAGAUUCAAGAAGGUAUCAUUAAAACCACCUAUGUCUCUACUACUUCUCAAUUGGCUGAUUUGUUUACAAAGACUUUGGGACCUGCUCCAUUUCAUCACCUUUUUCCAAGCUUGGACUACACAAUCUAUGUAUUCCAGCUUGCGGGGGAGUAAUAGAAGGUACUUCUUCAGCUAUUAAGAACUGCACGUAUAUGGUUUCUGAUGAAAAGCUGCAGCACCCAAAUUACAAAGAUUAAGCAUACUUGAAUGAGAUACUCAAGGCCCACUCUUUUUUCUUUUCAUCGGUGCAAUUCUUCUUCUCUUUUCCCUUUGGUUUGUUAGAGUGCAGCAGCAGCUUGUUAGAAAGGAAACAAUAGCCAUGUAUUAACUAUUAUAAUGUAUAUAUAACAAAAAGAAAGAGAGAGGGAAAGAAGCUCCUCAAUUUCUCUUGCCCUUAACCUUUGUUUCGUCUCACCACCUUUUUAACCUACCCACAUGCUCCGCCUCCCCCUCUUCUCCCAAAUUUCUCCAUCUCCUUCACCACCGCUGACCCCAGUUCCUCCCUUCCCAUCUCCGACGAAGCUCACUCUGCCUUUUCCCUCCACUACGACCCGCUUUCCUACCUCAACCUACCGCUGCAGCCGCCUCUCUUCAGGGAUCUGUUCCAGUACCUCCCCUCCGACGGCGGAGUCGAUCUCCAUGGGGAAGGAAGCAGCGUGGGCGGCGGUGCCUCGAUUUACGCUGCAGAUGGGAUCGAUGGAUCUCAUCAGCUGGACAGCAACGUUUUGGAGUUUAAUUGAAACAUGACGGCUUGUCUAGCGAAAGGGAGGGCAGUUGGAAGAAUGGCCAAGCCACUGACAACAUAGUGCCAGAGGAGGCAGCAAAUUAAUGGUAAGUUCGACAUCCUCAGGAAUUUGAUUCCCAAUCCUACCUAGGUAAAGCCAUGUUAACAUUGAAAUGCAAUUUUCCCGACAUUCCUUCAAUUUUAAUAGUGCGUUGCGUUCAUGGCUGGUGUGUUUGUGAGGUUUGUGCCAAAAAGACCGACAAAGCUUCUAUAGUGGGAGAGGCCAUUGGCUACAUCAAGGAGCUUUUAAGCACAAUAGAGGAACUGAAGUUGCUGGUGGAGAAGAAGAGGUGCAACAGAUAGAGGAACAAGAGGCACAGGACGGAUCAAGAGGACGUGAAGGAGAGCUCGUUGGAGGAGAUGAAAGCUUCAUUCGCAGCUGCCGAGGUUGAUGACCAUGACAAAUCCUACUAUGGGUCGACAUUGAGGAGCUCUUGGCUUUAGAGGAAGUCUAAGGACACGGAGAUUGAUGUGAGGAUCAUUGAAGACGAUGUGACCAUUACGUUGGUUUAGAGGAAGAAGAUCAAUUGCUUGUUGUUUGUUUCAAGGGUGCUUGAUGAACUUCAUUUGGAUCUUCACCAUGUCGCCGAAGGCUAUGUGGGUGAUUAUUACAACUUCCUCUUCAAUAUGAAGGUUUGCCUAGUCUUUUUUUUUUCUUUUUCAUUUUUCUUCUUGUUGGCUUAGAGUUAAGUUUCUGCUAUCGUGUUUCCCCUUUCCAUGUUGGUAACUGAGCCUACAUAGUUAAACUUAUUCUUUUUGUUGUUUUUAGCAAAUAUGUGAAGGGUCUUCUGUGUAUGCAAGUGCCAUAGCCAACAAUUGCUACUGAUGAUCCUGAAAGGGGCCAUUUUAAUUAGGGUUUAUGAGUCGGGUAUUCAGAUUUUCACAUAAGGGAGCUAGAGCAAAAAGAGGCUCAAAAGAAUCCAUGCACUACAACAGUUUAAACUACUGGAAAGAGAUUUGGUAGACAUCAAUGCAAUAGUUGGUAGUUGUAUGAGCAAGUUUUUAUGUGUAAAGACAUUGCUAAUACCAGUUGGGGAAAUUAUAUUAAAUAAUUGAUAUUGAUCACUAAUUUCCCCUAUAGAUGGGGCCUCACAUAAGUUGCAUGAUCGUAAUGUUAGUGCUAGUCGGUUAACCAUCUGUUGUAUAUAUAUAUAUACACACACACACACAUACAUAUGGUGCCUUCUACGAUACCUCAGGUGAAAUUCGGGGUACCGCAUACCUUGAGUAUGAAAACGCUAUUUAGACCUCGAAUUAGCAGGAUUUUUGACAUGAAAUUAUACCCUAAUCCUUAAUGAGUGGAACCUAGGUCCUAAUUAUCUAAAUCAUAAAAUAUAAACCCUAAGAUGAUGCAUUGAUUUCUUUGCCAAUAUUUGGAAGAAUCAUAACCAUCGAUUAUUGUUUCUAAUUAAAUUGAUCUUGGGGUAUACGAUUUAGAGAAUUAUGACCUAGAUUUUGAUCUUUAAGGGUUAGAGUAUAGUAUCAUGUCCGAAAGAUCGGUCAAUUCAAGUCCUAGAUAGCAUUUUCUUACUCAAUGUAUGCGGUACCCGGGAUUUCACCCUGGGUACCGUAGAACUCCCCAUAUAUAUAGGUGGCUACUUCGGUGCACUCACUUUUUUGGGUGCAUUCAGUGCAUUCAACUCUAAAAGUGGUAAUAAUACAUCGAAUUUUGAAUUUUAAUGGGUUGCAUUAGUCUAAGAUGAUGAUAUAAUAUAAAAUCACAACUAAUCAAUCCAUUAUCAUAACCCUUUAACCAAUUUUGAGUUCCAACCCAAAAUCUCAAAUUGUAAACCCUAACCCUAAAUCAUUCAAAUUAAAGUAAAUCUUGAAUGAUUUU